AUAACAAUACCGCCCUACCUGUGACUUCACCUCUCGAGUGACACUAAACACAUCGAGAAUCAUUUAUUGUGCAGGAUAUAUGUAGACUGAUCUGAUGGAGAGAUGUUGACGAUGAAGAGAGUACCGCUGUCAAUAUCACUGCUGUGUGCGUGGCUGCUGUCGUCUGCUGACUGUUCUCAUUUUAGGGGCGGUUCUAUGUCGUGGAAACCGACAUCCAACGCUUCACAGAUUGAUAUCUCCCACCAGAUGGCGUGGAGACGAUCCUCCAGUAGCUCCUCUUUUUGUAACGACGCAACGAUAGCGACCCAGGGAACAUUGACUGUGUCGGCAUAUUUGUACUGUAGGGUGGGCUGCAACUCAUCAAGCAGAAUCAGCCUUAUGCACGGUAAAUGCAUUGCUUACAGCGCAUCGGAAGACUGGUCCCUCGGAGAGGACUCAUUUAUAUUUAAUGUCCCCAUCCCCGGAAUUAAGUACACAUUUAGAUUAGAAGAUUGUUGUUGGCAAAGCAUAAGAAAUCGCGGCUCGUCCGAUAGCAUGAGAAUGACCAUGACUGCUGACCUCCGACCCCGAGCUGACACUGGGGUCAUGAACUCCUCACCUGUCGCCACAAUGUCACCAAUAGUUCGUCUUCUGGCUGGGUGCCAACAUUCCUUUCGAAUACCAGUCAUCGAUGCAGACAAUGAUAUCGUGCGCUGCCGAUUACCAAAUACAACGUUCAACACCAACGAGUGUGGAUACCUCUGUGCCGGGCUGCCAGGCAGUGCAUUGGACACGGAUGCGUGUGUAUUUUCCUACAAUGCAACGUCUGGAACAGGGAUCUAUGGAGUCAGUCUCUAUAUCGAGGACUUUUCUGCCGCCUCUCCCUCAGUCGUUCUAAGCUCCGUCCCAAUACAGUUUUUGAUCUUGGUGUUUUCUGACUCAUUGGCUUGUAAUGAUGGACCCACCUUUGUAUCCCCUACCCCACCUGAGGCUAGCUGCCACGUGGUAAACACGACCUUUACUACAAGAUUGGUAGCGAGAACCAAAAGUGCAGCUCACACAAUAACCAAAAUAUUCCUUACUGGCCCUACUGGAAUAACGAAGAGCAAUUUAGCCCCGUACGGCAAAUCCGGUCGGGAGUGGUCGAUAUCAGUCAAGUGGUCACCCACGCAGAGUCAAGACGGAUUACAUCUUGUGUGUUUUAGUGCCGAGAUCAAUAACAAACUCUCUUCAGGCAUGAUGUGCUUUGAUGUGAUGAAAGGGACACCACCGUCUAUAAAUCUUCGACCAAAUUGUUUGACACCAACUGGAGAAAUUGACAGUACUACAUCCAACAUUACAUUUAGGAUGUGUUUCGAUAAAAAGUUUAAUCGACCAACGACGAAUAAAUACAUGAUUAUUCAUCAUUCAAAUGGAACUGAAGCCAAUAGACUGAAUCUAAAUGAUCCAAGUGUUGCCUCGUUUUCGACUUUAGACGAUCGCAUGGUUACUGUGACUUUGGGCAACUCAUCAGGACCCGAUUUAUUAGGAAGUGGACAGUAUUACAUUAUCCUUGAGGCAGGAUCCGUAGCCGCGCAGCCUUUAAGCUGUAUCAUUGAGUGGCCUGGUAUAACUCAGCCCUUUUAUUGGAACUUCACCGUAGUUGAUCGAACUCCACCUUCCCUCAAUUUUGUAUUUAACCCAAAACAAGUCAGCGACAACGAGACGUUCUCUAUGACUUGGACUGUGAGCGAAUCUCUCUCUAUGGAACGCUGUUACCUGACAACACCUACAAGUUCAUCAUUAGUAAACUGUCGCAGUUACAUCAGCCAAAACAACUUGGUCGCAGGAAACUAUUCCAUUAAAAUCGAAUUAGAAGAUUUGAAUGGAAACAAAGCUGGGCCGUACGAACAUCAGUGGCUUGUUGUUGAUCGAACACCACCAUCUCUCACCUUUGCAUCAAAUCCAACACAAGUCAACGAAAAUGAGACGUUCUCUAUGGCUUGGACUGUAAGCGAAUCUCUCUCUAUGGAGCGCUGUAACUUGACAACACCUACAAGUUCAUCAACAGUAAACUGUCGCGGAUCUUUCAACCAGAUCUUCUUAGACCCAGGAAACUAUUCCAUUAGCAUAGAAUUAAAAGAUGUAAAUGGAAACAAAGCGGAGCCGUAUGAACAUCAGUGGAUUGUUAUUGAUCGAACUCCACCCUCUCUCACCUUUGUAUCAAAUCCAACACAAGUCAACGACAAUGAAACGUUCUCUAUGACUUGGACUGUGAGCGAGUCCCUUUCUAUGGAGCAUUGUAACUUGACAACACCUGCAAGUUCAUCAAUAGUAAACUGUCGCGGCUCCUAUAGCCAGAACAUCUUGAUCCCAGGAAACUAUGCCAUUAGUAUCAAGAUAGAAGAUUUGAACGGGAAUAAAGCCGGACCGUAUGAACAUAUAUGGGUCGUUAUUGACGUAACGCCGCCAAGUCUCAGAUUUGUAUUGAAUCAUUCACUGACAAGGAGCAAUGCGUCUAUCACUUGGACCGUUAGUGAGCCAGUUGUAUCAUCUAAUUGCACUGUAACAUUUCCAAACGGUACCUUAGUAUAUGAAUCCUGCAUUGACCGAUGGGAAGCUAUUGAUUUACGACGUGGUCCUUACCAAAUCAGCAUCGUUCUUGUCGAUACGGCUGGUCACAUCGGAGGACCAUUUAGGCAUACAUGGACAAACAUUGACGUCACGCCACCGAUCCUGACAUUCACAAGGAAGCCCGCCCUUUCUCUGAGCAAGGCUAACAUCACCUGGGUGACUAACGAGGAAGCUGAUGGAGUAUGUGAAGUCCAGGGCCCUUCCUCUUUUUAUCGGUCAGUAGUCUGCGACAAAGUCUGGAGUGAGGACUAUUUACCGGAAGGAGAGUUUAUCCUUAACGUCACUGUUUAUGACCAGUCGUUAAACAUGGCAGGUCCAUUCCAACACAAAUGGUACAACAGAGAUGUAAAACCCCCAGAGCUGAGACUGACAAGUUCCCCAUUCAGGGACAAGUCUUACGAUAACGCCACUCUUACCUGGACUUACAAUGAGUACGCAGCAUCAACAUGCGUGAUCAAAACUUCUUUAACCACUGAGUUUGCUCCCUGUGAUAAUAGUUGGAGUGGAACAUUUUUGCCAGAAGGGAACGUUACCAUUGAAAUAGAUGCUCGAGACAAAUCAAGGAAUUCUGCACCAACAUACAAGUAUACCUGGUACAAUAAAGACACGACUCCGCCAGUACUUACUUUUAUACGAAAAGAAGCUCUUACUGUAAACCAUGCAUGGAUCACGUGGUCAGUAAAUGAGCCAGCAUCAGCCAAUUGCACGCUGACCACGCCAUUUACGACUGCGGUGUUUUCCUGUGAUUCUGGCUUGUGGUCUGGAUUCGGUCUUCUAGGAGGGAGCUACGGACUCGGUAUUCGCUUGCUGGAUCGAGGAAACAACGCUGCAGGGCCAUUUGUUCAUAAGUGGCUAAACGUGGAUACGAUUAGACCAAGGGUAACUUUUACCAAGAUCCCAAGUAAAACUUAUAGUAACGCAACAAUACAAUGGAAUGUCUCUGAACCCGUAAACGGCAGCUGUGAAAUUCGGGGACCUGCAAACUUCUACAGGAAUGUAUCAUGUAAUGGGAGCUGGGUGGGCGUUAACCUUCCCCCGGGAUCUUUUACUCUCGGUGUUACCUUGAUAGACACUUCUGGAAACGUCGGAGGGCCGUCCCGUUACCAACCAAUGGAUCAAUGCUUGAGAAUUUCUAUCGCUCAAGAAUUGAGAAUUUUAAGUCACUUAACAUAAAAAAUAUCACCGUUGAAUCAAUGCCUGCCAGACGUAAAAGAAGAACGAUCCCCACGAGGAGUGAGCUAGUUAUUUACCAUGAUGUGGUGCUGGGUGGGAACAGUAUGUCUAAAAGUACAGCCUCUCUGUUAAAGGCCUGGUCUACAUUCUCUACCCAGGGGUCGUCCCUAACCAUUGGAGGAUCAACAACAACGUUCGCCAAACUCGUUCUCAUGUUAAAGGGAGGAACAACAAACAUUACAUUCAGCGGACGUAUCAAAGCCUGUGAUAUUGUGCAAUCGUAUGUCACAUGUAGAGUCGGAGAACAAUGUGACGAAUCGACUGCCAUGUGUGUGUACGUACAGUCAGACAAGUGCUUUUACAAACUGUGAAGGACAUGUGAUAUAUGUGAAAUCUAUUCCAUCAAAUUUAGUAUCUGUAAAAUUUCAUUUUAUCUUUCAGGGCUAAAAAACAUAUGCGCCCAGGUAUGUGCAUAUUUUUUUUAGUUCGUUGACAGUGUCAAAUGCAGCGUUGGCUUUCAACAUAAAAGAUAAAACGACGGUUUGAUAUUAAGCGUCGCGCUCGGAGUGUCGGCACUUGUGGUUUUGUUGCUGGGCAUUAUCAUUAUCGGUCUGUUCUAUCUCCGAAAGAAAGAAGAACAACGCAAGAGACGGAAAUUUAAACAGGAACCAAAGAAAAGGUUUGAAACACCAAUAGCCACAAUAAGAUCUCCAUCGCAAACGAUUUACAGGCCUUACAACAACUGGCACUGUGAUAGGGAGAGAUGUAAAUGACCAUACUAGUAUCUCUCAAGCUUUGUUAUUUGUGUACAGUCAAAAUAAAGCU